UGUGUCUCUAGAUCUAGACUAGAUCUAACUAAAUCGGCCUAUAGAAAAUAAAGAUCUAGUCUAGCUAGAUGAGUUGACUUCUAGACCCCAAAAUAUUAAUUAACAAUGGUUAAUACCUGUAGUGCGUAUGGAUGCAAGAAUAGUGCUUUAACGUUCGGUAAACAUUUCUUCACGUUUCCUAAAGAUCCAGUAUUACGUAAAAAAUGGAUAAUUAAAACCAAGAGAGCUAAUUUUAAUCCUAGCUCUACAGCUGCGUUAUGUAGUGACCAUUUCAAUGAAACUGACUUUGAAUUAAGAACUCGUCCAUCUUUUUUAAGGUCAAUAUUAUUGCCAGAAGAACAAAUUAAAAAAGUUAAGCUAAGUUUGAUUCCUGGAACGAUUCCUAGUAAUUUCAACUUUCCACACAAAGACCUAUGCACAGCUUUAGAUUCAGGUAACAAUAGAAAGGGGCUUGAUUUAGACUUUGACAAAACUUCAAAUGGACCAGUUGGAACAAAAACAGCCAAAAUAAGAGGCGCUGUUCUUAAAAGAGAGCGACUUCGAGUUUUAGCAGAAAUAGACUUUGGAACAAAGUCAAGUAAUUCUUCACAAAACAUUCCUUCUAAGCUUUCAAAGUCUUCCAAUGAUGGUAGUGUUAGUGACAUAUGCUCCAUUAGUCAGCCUAGUCAGAUCAUCAGUGAAUCAGAGAGGCUUGUGUUGCAGGGUAAUGAAAUACCACCAAGCAGCAAGAGAAAUGAUAUACCAGCAAAUAGUAAAGAAAAAGUAUUACCACCAAGAAGCAAGGGUAAUGUAAUACAACCAAGAGGCAAGGGUAAUGUAAUACGACCAAGAAGCAAGAGUAAUGUAAUACAACCAAGAGGCAAGGGAAAUGUAAUACCACCAAGAAGCAAGAGUAAUGUAAUACCAUCAAGAAGCAAGAGUAAUGUAAUACCAUCAAGAAGCAAGGGAAAUGUAAUACUACCAUCAAGUAGUAAGGGGCCUAAAGGAAUACUUAUCUUGGAGACUUUAAAAUCACAGAAUAAUGAAAGGCAACCAAGUGGCAGAAGUAUUCUUUUCUUGAAGAGAUUAGAGUCACAGGAAUCACAUGUAAGCCAACCGAGUCAACCUGUUAGCACAGAUACUCUUCUACACAGAACUGACUGUUAUACUCUGAAAAGUAUCUUAAAAGAUAAUACUACUGACCUAGUCCACCAGAAGUCUUCAACACCCAAGCAAGAUAUACCAUGCAAUGUUGAAGAAGAAACAGUUAUGACAGAAGACUUGAGAAAUGAGAUCAAUAAUGAUUCUCAUAAUAACACUACUGUAACAUUACCACAGCCAGCUAAAGAAUCAUAUACAGAAGAAUAUUGUGACAUAGAUGUCAAGGAAGAAGUAUUAGAAGAGUGUUUAGAUACAGCACUGACAGACACACUCACACAAAGUCUGAUCAUGACCUGCGAGACAGCAGAAGAUGAAUCUCUUUGCUCAGAAAUCACAGAUUUUGUGGAUGUGAACAGGGUUUCAAGAUUCGAUUGCUAUGAUCAUUUUCCUGCCAAGGCUAAGAGGAAGGCUAGAAGAUGUCAGAGGGAAGGGUGUCGCAGAAAGUCCCUUUUCUACUGCAGGAAAUGUCGCGAGUUCUUGUGUAUAGUUGCUACAGACACUGAAGAUGAUUGCUUUUAUUUGUAUCACCAUCAGUGACAGCAGGAAAUGUUGUACAUAGAUUUAUAUUGACAAUGAUGUUGGUUGCUGUUCGUUGUAAUGCAUUGUUAAAUAAAAACAGACCUGUAGUUUUUUAAAAGGUGAUAAUAAUCUUUGUUAGUGAUAAUGAUCUUUGUUAGUGGUGUUCUUUACUUGAAGGACAGUCACCAUGAAACUUCUAAGGAAUGAAAAUGUUUCGGUGAAAGCAGUGUUAAAAAAAACAUUAUAGAUCAUAGUAGCAUGAUGCUAGUUCACUGGUGUCUUAUAAUUGUGUAAUUUAAAUAAUGUGCCCUGAUAAAUCAGUGCUCAAUAACUGGGCCAUACCCUGGCAGGCAAGUGUUGGCCAGUUUUUGCUGUUAUUUUCAUUACACACAUCUUGAUUCCUUCAUAAAGUGUUGUUGUUUUUUUCCUGUCUUAUCAGAUAAUUUUCUGUGGUAAAAGUUCUAUGCUUGCCAAAAGUACACACUUUUCCUUUGUUUUAAGGUAUUGGAUCAGUUUAUUCUCUGAUGUAUUCUGAACUAAAACAAUAAAGUACAGUACUGUAUUCAUGACAAAACAGAACACAAUAUGGAGCUCCACAUUGAACCAAGCUUUCAGUACUCUACCCUAGUAUAAACUAGCAAGAGUUGGCAGCAUGUGUUGUAAAUAUAUUUAUAUAUUUUGUACAUUCUUCCAUUCAUUUCAUAGUUUUUUAAUGACUUAACUUAAUAAAUUCAAUCUCUUUCAUAAUAUAUACUUUUCAUAAUACAUAAUAAUCCUCUAAGGAAAGAAAGAUCACCAAAAUGUGAUGGAGAGAGGACAAUAGGUUAUAUGGAAAAUGAUAUGAUAUUUAUACUAGACAAACCACUGAAAAAAAAAAGGAUUAUAUUGUCUGCAAGCAUUGUUGAUCAGGCUAGAGUGCUGUCAUGUUUCCUUUUCAAUAUUUGUGUACCUAUCCUAUGAACAUGGGAAACAUGCUCCUUAAGGGGAAUAAUGUAAUUUUAGUAAUCAGUAUUUUUAGUAUGUGAUGCUACACUAUAUGACUUGACUUAUUCCUGUGUAUCCCCCUGUUGUGACUUGACUUAUUCCUGUGUACUCCCAGGAGGAGCAUAGGGCUGCAGCCACACCUCUCAACCAAACUCAUCUGCUCCCAUGUCAUUCAAGUAUCCCCAGCUUCACUGAUGACUUACCUCUUCCAGUUUUGUUUAUGGCUACCCACUCUUUUCCUGUGGAUUCUAAUCAAUUUCUGCCUUGCUACAUUUGUAGUUGGUUUUUGCAAAGUAUGUCCUAUCCAGCUCCAAUUUAUCUUAAAAACCCUAUGGGUUUCUGAUACAUUUUAAGAUGAAAUUAUAAAAUAUUGAUUUAUUUCUCCAUUGCCAACAGAAUUUUAAAAAAUAAAUUCAUACGAGAAACUUUGUAUUUGCGAGUAACAUCAUUAUAGAUGGGGAAACAAAAAAAUAAUUAGGGGUUUGAAAUUGGUAAUCUUCUCGCAAACAUGUAUCCCAGUCACCUUUGAUUCUCAAACCAUUUCCUUCCUGAACCUGCCUCUGUUUUCUGUUUCAGCCUCCCUUUGAAGUCAGAUGAUAUUUUAAAACAUAUUUGUUUCCCCUUGUCAAAAAUAGGCAAAAAAGAUUUAUUCACAUUUAUCAUGAUCAGUUUCAUAUAAGAAUUAUUUAAUAAGGAUAACGUUUACAUUUAUUUCAAUUUACAUUUGAUACAUUUCUGGUUUAAAAUGUUGACAUGACUUUGUUUUAAUGUAUUGAAAUAUGGCUUCCAAUGUUUAGAUGUUAAUAAUAAAAAUAAUGAUUAUCUUUAUUGUUCGUAGGGAAAUUAGUCUUACAAUUUGUGCAUUACACCAAACAAAACAUUAUAACUAUAAAAAAAACAAAAUGUACAUUCACACAAGACUCACUUAUAAUUUACAUGUGAAAAGUUUUCAUUGGGUUAUAGUUAUUUAAUUAUUUGAUUGCCAGGGGAACAAAUAUAGGCUGAAGCUGUAACUUCUUACAAAUAUUUAGCUUGACUGUGCCUGGCUACUAGUACUGAAUCAGUUAUAGCAGGACAUUGUAAGCACUUUAUUUUAAAUAGGGACUAAGAAUCACAGAAUCUUUUAAAGUUACAGGUACAUAAUUAUUAUGUUAGCUUUAAGUUUUAAUUAAAUUUUAAUAUAUGGUUAGUGUAAUUAUCUUAAGUUGUCUAUUUGUGUGCUGCCUUUUUGAAGUCCUAACUCAAUAAUGUUAAGUUUUUGUGAACAUAACUUCUGUUUAUAUUAUCACAGUAGGACUAGGACAUAGUCAUCUUUUUUGAAGUAACGUCUGUAUUUUAUCAAAUAAGUUAAUUCAUUUUGAAUGUACCAGUAUUUAUAGUUUUUAUGGACAUAUAUACAUCACUCUGCUCAAACUUUGAAUUUGAUCUUUACUGGCUCUGGAUAGACUUACAUGGAAGGUGUGUGAUUGUAGUGAACUGAAUUGUGUGUGUGUGUGUUUUACUAAUGACUUUUUUGUGUGUUUUAAAUGAAAAUACUAUUUGACUACAAUAAAGUGUCCUUGUAUGCUAAA